UGACACUUCAUAUGUAAACCUAGCAAACCAUUAUUUAAAACAUGUUUUUGCAUUAUAUCAUUUUAGACGACUUACGUUUAUAUCUCAUCCAUUCAUGUAUGCAAUGGACUUAAAAUGAAGUACGGCGUUGCUGAAAUAAUACUAAUAUUUACUUAAUUUGAAGGAGAAAUAUUAUUAACGUAGAAUAUGACGAGAUAGUUCGUAGGAAUAUAUUGAAAUUAGCAUACCAUGUAUACUUUAUUGCCCUAUCCUUCAUGAAAUAUAACCAUAAACGUAACAAUGUGUACAUAAGUUAUAUUUGUUUAUAUUCAUCGAGCAACAGUGCCAUCUUUCAUUGCUUCUUUCUAAAGUUUUUUAAAAAGACCUACCCGAACGUGAUUUUCUAAAAUGGAAUGCAUUACCAAGACGAAUUAUUCUGGAAACGCCAUUACAUUCAAGAGAUACAGGGGACGGACAUUCCAUCCAGAUACACCUGGUAAUGUCGGAGAUCAUUUGGAUGACAUAUCCUCUCUGCCAAGUAGGCCAGAGGAUGUAUUGCUGUGCACAUUUGCAAAAUAUGGCACACACUGGGUUUUCAACAUGGCCAAAAUGAUACAAACCAAGAGCCUUCAAUACUCCGGCACGCUGGAUUAUUUGGAUAUUGGAGUAUUUAAUAAGAUGGCCUCUCCUAGGAUGUUCCAUACACAUAUGACCUAUCCAUUUAUACCUAAGGCGGCAGCGGAGGGCAAAAUGAAGUCAUAGGAUCUGGAGGGUCGUGGUUUACCCACACUAGGGAAUGGAACACUGCGAUGCUGACGAAUCCAGAUUUUAAAAUAUUGCGCCUCCGAUAUGAGAAUUUGAAAAAGGACAUAUAUCAGAAUAUUGUGCGAAUAGCGGAGUUUAUGGAAGUUGAACACGAGGUUUCAUUUUUGAAGAAGGUGGAAGAGGCCGUAUCAUUUGAACACUUGAAGAAUGAACAUGCAACAGCUCUCGGUGAACGUGAGUUAUGGAAGCAUAAAGGUGAUAAUGGAAGACUUCCAAUUUACAGGAAAGGUAUCAUCGGUGACUGGAAGAACAUGUUCACGGUGACACAGAAUGAACAGUUUGAUGCUGUCUAUAAAGAAAAGAUGACUGAUGUGGGUGUCAACAUCGAGUGUGAUUACGAGUGAUGUAUUUAUAACGGCGUUUAAAAUCUUAGAAGUAAACCUAUACAUACAUGUAUACUUAAACGGCUGAUGUGUCAUCCAUGUGCCUUUAUCUAAAAUCAAAGGGCCAAAGGCCCUGAAAAACGUCAGUGU